ACACGCCUCUCGCAUAAAUACCCAACACACAGCUGAGGUGAUGAUCAGACGCACCAAAUUACAGAGCUCAGACUUUCAGCCACUUUUGGUUUACGUGCUGUGCUGCUUUUUUGGAGAGGAAAAACAGAAAGAAAGAAAGAAAGAAAGAAAGACAGAGGAAAAAAGUAGAAGACAUUAGAUUCCCCUAAAUCAGCAGAUUUGACAGCAGGUGUGAAUUCAUGUCUGUAUUUUCCCCGCAGAUAUACUGCCCAGUGUUUGUACCCGGCCGAGAUAUGACUGAGGUGAUGAUCAACACCACCCCCAUGGAGGACAUGAGGCUCAGCCCCAGCAAGGACAGACUCUCCUUCCAGAUAUUCCCAGACCCCUCAGACUUUGACCGCUGCUGUAAGCUCAAAGACCGUCUGCCUUCCAUCGUGGUCGAGCCGACGGAGGGAGAAGUGGAGAGCGGGGAGCUUCGCUGGCCUCCAGAGGAGUUUCUGGUCAGCGAAGAGGAGGAGGAGGAAGAAGAAGAAGAGGAGGAGGAGGAAGAGGAGCAGAAUAAUGCCAACAUCCAAAACGGACAGCCAACACAGAAUUCUCAGCACUAGAGGAUGUGUUGCAGCACCCCAAACGCCCUUGUUUCCUCUUUUUUUUCCUUUCUGAUAGACUCUCCCGUUCCCACACUGCACCGCAGCACUCUGGCGAGACACACAUUCAGUGUCUCGCGAGGCCAUCUCGUUGCCCUUGACACCAAAGCAUCAAUCCCAGCAAGAGAAGCAAUACACAACAGGCAACACAAUAAUUUAUCCCCCUGGACUGCAAACCCGCCAAAUCCCACUUGAAAAAAGAACAAACACGCACACCUCUAACCUCCACUUGUUUCCUACCAUGCCUACCACCGUGUGUGUCUCGGCCCAGGACGGACGUCCCCCUUUGGACAGCGGCAGCUCAGUGCUCCAUGGACAGCUCUUAACACUGCAAGGGAGGUUCUGCAACUGCUCUGUACUUUUACUCCAAGAUGGCUGGCAUCAUGACCCCAGAGACUUUUCAUACUCUCAUACAGAACUAUUGUGGUACCCGUGGGGAUUUACCGUCUACAGUAAUGCUGUCCAUACCUGUGUUCAGUGUCUGGAUUGAUAUGUUUAAUUAUUGUGAUCGCCACUGCUGUCCAUAGAUGUGUCUGUUUCUGAGAAGUGAAUGUUUUGUGAUUUUUGUGUGUAAAAUGUUCCCCCCCACUCGUCUAAAAGAUUGUGCGCGUCUGGCAUUCACAGUUAAAAAAAGGCAACCUGGAAUCAUUUUAGAGAAGUGAGCAGAAAAUAAACCAGCAUGCCCCAUUAUGCUUAUGCAUAAAUUUCAUUGUACAAUGAGGGCAACAGUCACGCUAUGAUCCUCUCAAACACAUUGGCUUCCUUGUGAGCCUUCUGACAAACAGGACUUGGAUGAUAAAAGCAGAAUAGUACAACAUCUGAUGAUUAUUGUUCAAAAGGGCAAAUCUGAGCGAGGACUGCAAAUUGUAAUUUUUUUGAAAAAGCAGUCGAUGAAGCAAUGAAGGAUGUGUAAAUACUUGUCCCCAACGAGCCCACCCCUGAGGCCUUGUAGUGCGCUGAUCUUGUUUUUGUACUAUGGGUUUGGUUUACUUUUUAGAAAGACAAAGAGCUGUACGCACCUGAACUGAAAGUCGUUCCCAGUCUUCCUUUUUUCUUUUUUAAAAACAGCCAUACGUUUGACAUCGUGAAGUUCAGGUCAUGGAGAAUUCAGAGUUCACAAAUAAGGUUAUAUCUGACAGUAUUAAAACUCUUUCACAAUAAAAUCAGUACUGGUGUUUGCCAUAAGCUGUUGAUGGGAAAUCGUAUUUGUUCUCUGGUAGUGACGUCUGUUUUUAUUCGUCUGUUCUGCAGUUUCAGAAGUCGGUGUUCGCUCUUUAAAUCACCACUUAUUGUUUGUGGAACAAGUCUCGUCAGUCAGUUUGUAGAAACACAAUAUGAACUCCUGUUGUACAAGCAUGAUUGAGAUAUGUCUGUUCUUUUUUUUUUUUUUUUUGUAAAUUUCUCAUUUGAGUGGCAUUAGGGCUGUGUACAGAACAUCUCUCUCUUUCUCCCGUCUGUCACCUACAGGUCCCACAUUGUUUUUGUAAAGCUCAGGGAGAUUAGCCGCCAUCUUUCUCUUGUUUUUUUGUAUUUAGACCACUUUUUUUUUCUCUGUGACAAUUACAGAGGCUGUAAAUAAACAUUUGAAUUUGCUAUCCAA